AUGUCGGACAUCUACCGUCGUCGAGCGGAGCAGAUAAUCCACCCUCGUCCGACGUCGAACAUCUACCCUCUCCGAACGUCUACCAUCCUCAUCGAACAUCUACCGCCAUCGUCGAACAAUUUUCCUCGGCGAACAGGUGCUACCCUCGUCGUUCAACCAAUCCAGCCAAACAAGUACCUGCUCAACCAGCCGUCGCGGAACCGCCGAAAGAUGAUAAUGUCCGCCGCAUGCGAGACGCUGUAUACCCAAAAUUUGAACGAGAACAUGGACCCCGGGUCCUGA